AUGUCGGAGAACUACUUUAUCUCAGGUAAUAUCAGAGUGUUCUGCAGAGUGCGUCCUCUGGUAGGUGGAGGCCUUCCCAAGCAUGUGCAACUCGCCACAAGUGACAACAAAGCGAUAACGCUGGCUAAAACCGAGGAGUCUCACACGGGCAAAACUGCUGACACUCAGAAGAAUUACAACUUCAGCUUCGACCGUGUGUUUGGUCCUCGGGCCUCCCAGCAGGAGGUCUUUGAGGAGAUCUCACUGCUGGUGCAGUCAGCACUGGACGGCUACAAUGUCUGCUGCUUUGCCUACGGUCAGACCGGCAGCGGGAAGACGUACACCAUGGAGGGGGACGAGGUUGACGAGACCAGAGGUGUCAUUCCCAGAGCUGUGCAACAGAUCUUUAAAGCUGCAGGGAAACUGGGAGAACAAGGCUGGGAGUUCACGUUCACAGCGAGCUUUGUUGAAAUUUAUAAUGAGACCCUGAGGGACCUUCUGUACACCGGCAAGUCCAGCAAGAGACCGGAGCAUGAGAUCCGCAAGACAACCAGCAAUGAAGUGACAAUCACUAAUCUCACUUAUGAGCGGGUCUCCAAUGAGGAUCAGGUUCUCGGUCUGAUUGCUUUGGCCAAUCAGAAUCGCUCCACUGCCCAGACAGCCCAGAAUGACCGCUCGUCUCGCUCCCACUCAGUCUUCCAGCUGGAUAUUGAGGGAGUCAAUGCCGGCAGGGAUGUCAAGUGCAAAUCCACUCUGUGCCUGGUGGACUUGGCUGGCAGUGAGCGAAUGGUGAAGAGCCAGUCUCAGGGUGACCGUUUCAAAGAGAUGACCGCCAUCAACGGCUCGCUGUCCAACCUGGGCAUCGUUAUCGCCGCUCUGGGCCUGGAUGAACCGACAGGACCCGCCGCCCUCCGCUCGGUCAGAGGCCGGACUGUAACGGGCUCAGGUGUCAACUGA